CCACUACUAGCCCCAGAACACCAAAUCCACCAAGAACCGGACAUCACCAUGGCCGUCACAGAUUCCACCGUCGUUUUCAUCAGCGGUGUAGGAAAGGGCAUCGGCGCCGGCAUCGCCAAGCUCUACCUCUCCCGUCCCAACCACACCGUCAUCGGCUCCGUCCGCGACCUGUCCACACCAUCCGUCGCCGAGCUCAAGGCCUCUCCCACCGUUCCCGGCUCCAAGCUUCUUCUCGUGCACAUCGAAUCCACGUCCUCCACCGACCCCGCCGCCGCCGUCGAGGCCAUUCGUGCCCAGGGAAUCGACCACAUUGACAUCGCCAUCGCCAACGCAGGCGCCAUGCCAUCCACCGUGCCCAUCGAGGAAGUUGACACCAAGGACAUGCUGGAGAACUACCACAUCAACGCCAUCGGCCCAUUGCUCCUCUUCCAGGCGCUCUUGCCGCUGCUGAAGAAGGGCACUGAGCCCAAGUGGGCGAGCGUGUCGACUACUGCAGGAAGUAUUGGCUUGGUUGAUCCGUUGGCGGCCUGGAUCCUGCCGGCGUAUGGAGGCGCGAAGGCGGCGCUGAACUGGCUUACGGCUGGUAUUGCGAGCAGCCAGAAGGAGUGGAUGACUACUAUUGCGCUGCACCCGGGCUUGGUCCAGACCGGACCGGGGAAUUGGGUUGCGCAGAAGGUCGGAAUGGGGGAUAAGGCGCCGGUGACGGUGGGAGAUAGUGCGGCUAGUGUUGUCAAGCUGCUCGACGGCCUCACGAAGGAGUCUAAUGGUAAGUUCUACAAUGCUGUUGAUGGUACUGAGGUGCCAUGGUAAACGGGGCUUCGAUGGCGUAGAGUCGAUAGCGAGCAGAUGAAUUAGAGAUUGUUUAUUGGAACAUACACGAUAGAGAUCCAACCAAACGAAUUCAGUGAGCUUAUAUGCAG